UUAAGUCUUUAAUCUGCCUGAAAUUGAUUUUUUUAUGCAUGGUGUGAGGUAGGGAUUUCAUCUCAUUUUUUGCCAAUAUGGACAGCCAGUUGAGUCCAUAAAAUCACCAUUUAUAGAAAAGUCCAUCCUUUCCCCAGUGACCUGCGGCACCACCUCUGCAGGUUAUCAAGUUUCCAUACAUGUGUGGGCCUAUUUUUGCAGCCUCUAUGCUAGUCCAUUGGCCUAUUUAUCUAUCCUUGGGCUAAUAUCAUAUGGUCUAGUUGUACCUUUUUAGGCUCUUAGCACUUCCUCCCUUGAAUUAGAAGGGCUAGUGGCUUCCUGAGAGCAGAUCCACGUCUUAUUCAUCUUUGCAUCCCUUUCAUGACUCAUUAUGUGAACCUCCAUGUCAUGCUUUUGUCGGCAAAGCAUUUCUCACGCUUUGUCUCUUGGGCUCCUAAGACUCCUUUAUGCAGAAGAGGAAACUGAGGCACAGAAGUAAGAUUACCUGCUAAGGUCACAUAGCCAGAAGGGGUUGGUUAGGGAUUCUGUAAGAUUUCAAAGCCAUCCUGGGCAUCCAUCCCAUGUUGCCCGGGCUCUGAAGACCUCCACUUGACCCCUGGGCUCAUCUCCUAAGUGAUAUUCACUCCUUCCUCCCUUCAUUCAACCGGCAGCCCCUGAGGAAUGUGUGUGUGCCAGCUUUUGUCGCUGCAGGGUCCCAGACCCCAUUUCUGGGGGCCUCUUCCCAGUGCUGGAGGCCAGCAGGGAGGGAAAGUCGUCUGAGGCUUGGGGUCAGCGGGAGGAAGUCUGGGGGGGGGGGUUUCAGUCAUUGAAAGAACCCCAGCCCAGACGUGCGCGCGGUCCAGGCGCUGCCUUCACAGAGGACGCCGGCUUCCCCCAGGAAAUGGAGGCGUCCUCCCGCCCUCCCGCCUCGCCAGGCAGGAAUGCGAAGGAUCAGCUUUCAGCAGAGCGCAGCUGCCGUUCCGGGGAGCUUCUGGUGCAGGCCCUUCCCGAGCGGCCGAAUUAACUGGUUCUGUCUGUCCAACUGGGAGAGCAGCUCUCGCUAAAAAUAGCGCCCUGCCAAGCGGGCUCUGCGCCCGCCGGGAGCCGGGGCCUCGACUGUGGGAGUUCGAACCGCGAAAGUGCAAGGAGCCCAGGGAGCUCCGCGCGCCCCGACCCCGGGCCUGGCCCGGGUGCCACCCUCCCAGGCCGAGGCCGCGGGCACGGCGCUGUCCUCACAGGUGCCGCAGAGGGUGGAAGGCCCGCGAGCCGAGGAGCGGCCCAGGCCGUCCGGGAUGGGAGCCGACAGCGCGGCUUCCCGCGCGCUCGCCUGGGCCUCGCUGCCCCUGCUGGGGCCUCCCGCCGGCGCGCUCUGCGAGGACACGCUUGGCAGCCGAGAGUCGCCCCAAGAAAGGCCGGGCUCGCGGCGCAGCCUGCCCGGCAGCCUGUCGGAGAAGAGCCCCAGCAUGGAGCCCUCGGCCGCCACGCCGUUCCGGGUCACGGGCUUCCUCAGCCGCCGCCUCAAGGGCUCCAUCAAGCGCACCAAGAGCCAGCCCAAGCUGGACCGCAACCACAGCUUCCGCCACAUCCUGCCGGGGUUCCGGAGCGCCGCCGCCGCCGCGGACAAUGAGAGGUCCCAUCUGAUGCCGAGGCUGAAGGAGUCUCGCUCCCACGAGUCCCUGCUCAGCCCCAGCAGCGCGGUGGAGGCGCUGGACCUCAGCAUGGAGGAGGAGGUUGUCAUCAAGCCCGUGCACAGCAGCAUCCUAGGCCAGGACUACUGCUUCGAGGUGACAACAUCAUCAGGAAGCAAGUGCUUCUCCUGCCGGUCAGCAGCCGAGCGGGAUAAGUGGAUGGAGAACCUGCGGCGCGCGGUGCACCCCAACAAGGACAACAGCCGGCGUGUGGAGCACAUCCUGAAGCUGUGGGUGAUUGAGGCCAAGGACUUGCCAGCCAAGAAGAAGUACCUGUGUGAGCUGUGCCUGGACGAUGUGCUCUAUGCCCGCACCACGGGCAAGCUCAAGACGGACAAUGUCUUCUGGGGCGAGCACUUUGAGUUCCACAACCUGCCACCCCUGCGCACCGUCACCGUCCACCUGUACCGGGAGACCGACAAGAAGAAGAAGAAGGAACGCAACAGUUACCUGGGCCUGGUGAGCCUGCCUGCUGCCUCGGUGGCUGGGCGGCAGUUCGUGGAGAAGUGGUACCCAGUGGUGACGCCCAACCCCAAGGGCGGCAAGGGCCCCGGUCCCAUGAUCCGCAUCAAGGCACGUUACCAGACCAUCACCAUCCUGCCCAUGGAGAUGUACAAGGAGUUUGCCGAGCACAUCACCAACCACUACCUGGGGCUCUGUGCAGCCCUCGAGCCCAUCCUCAGUGCCAAGACCAAGGAGGAGAUGGCGUCGGCCCUGGUGCAUAUUCUGCAGAGCACAGGCAAGGUGAAGGACUUCCUGACGGACCUGAUGAUGUCAGAGGUGGACCGUUGUGGGGACAAUGAGCAUCUCAUCUUCCGGGAGAACACGCUGGCCACCAAGGCCAUUGAGGAGUACCUUAAGCUGGUGGGCCAGAAGUACCUGCAGGAUGCACUAGGUGAGUUCAUCAAAGCGCUGUAUGAGUCAGAUGAGAACUGUGAGGUGGACCCAAGCAAGUGCUCGGCCGCGGACCUCCCGGAGCACCAGGGCAACCUCAAGAUGUGCUGCGAGCUGGCCUUCUGCAAGAUCAUCAACUCCUACUGCGUCUUCCCUCGGGAGCUGAAAGAGGUGUUUGCCUCGUGGCGGCAGGAGUGCAGCAGCCGCGGCCGGCCGGACAUCAGCGAGCGGCUCAUCAGUGCCUCCCUGUUUCUGCGCUUCCUCUGCCCGGCCAUCAUGUCACCCUCACUCUUCAACCUGCUGCAGGAGUACCCCGAUGACCGCACUGCCCGCACCCUCACCCUCAUCGCCAAGGUGACCCAGAACCUGGCCAACUUCGCCAAGUUUGGCAGCAAGGAGGAGUACAUGUCGUUCAUGAACCAGUUCCUGGAGCAUGAGUGGACCAACAUGCAGCGCUUCCUGCUGGAGAUCUCCAACCCCGAGACCAUCUCCAACACGGCAGGCUUUGAGGGCUACAUUGACCUGGGCCGUGAGCUCUCCAGCCUGCACUCGCUGCUCUGGGAGGCCGUCAGCCAGCUGGAGCAGAGCAUUGUGUCCAAACUGGGGCCUCUGCCUCGAAUUCUGAGGGAUGUCCACACAGCACUGAGCACCCCGGGCAGUGGGCAGCUCACAGGGACCAACGACCUGGCCUCCACGCCUGGCUCUGGCAGCAGCAGCAUCUCAGCUGGGCUGCAGAAGAUGGUGAUCGAGAAUGAUCUCUCUGGUCUGAUAGAUUUCACCCGGUUACCGUCUCCAACCCCCGAAAACAAGGACUUGUUUUUUGUCACAAGGUCCUCCGGGGUCCAGCCCUCACCUGCCCGCAGCUCGAGUUAUUCGGAAGCCAACGAGCCCGAUCUUCAGAUGGCCAACGGUGGCAAGAGCCUAUCCAUGGUGGACCUCCAAGACGCCCGCACGCUGGACGGGGAGGCGGGCUCCCCGGCGGGCCCUGACGCCCUCACCACCGACGGGCAGACACCUGCAACUCAGCUGGUGGCUGGGUGGCCAGCCCGGGCAGCCCCAGUGAGCCUGGCAGGGCUGGCCACCGUCCGGCGGGCAGGCCAGACGCCAACCACGCCGGGUACCUCCGAAGGCGCACCAGGCCGGCCCCAGCUGUUGGCACCGCUCUCCUUCCAGAACCCCGUGUACCAGAUGGCGGCUGGCCUGCCGCUGUCACCCCGUGGCCUUGGCGACUCAGGCUCUGAGGGUCACAGCUCCCUGAGCUCCCACAGCAACAGUGAGGAGUUGGCGGCUGCUGCCAAGCUGGGAAGUUUCAGCAGUGCCGCCGAGGAGCUUGGGCGGCGGCCUGGGGAGCUGGCACGGCGGCAGAUGUCGCUGACUGAAAAGGCCGGGCAGCCCACGGUGCCAAGGCAGAACAGCGCUGGUCCCCAGCGAAGGAUCGACCAGCCGCCACCCCCACCGCCUCCACCACCUCCUGCCCCGCGUGGCCGGACGCCACCCACCCUGCUGAGCACCCUGCAGUACCCACGGCCCUCAAGCGGAACCCUGGCAUCGGCCUCGCCUGAUUGGGCUGGCCCUGGAGCCCGGCUGCGGCAACAGUCCUCCUCCUCCAAGGGCGAUAGCCCUGAGCUGAAGCCUCGUGCGGUGCACAAGCAGGGCCCUUCACCUGUGAGCCCCAAUGCCCUGGACCGCACGGCUGCUUGGCUUUUGACCAUGAAUGCGCAGUUGUUAGAAGACGAGGGCCUGGGCCCAGAUCCCCCCCACAGGGAUAGGCUAAGGAGUAAGGAGGAGCUCAGCCAAGCAGAAAAGGACCUGGCAGUGCUGCAGGACAAGUUGCGAAUCUCCACCAAGAAGCUGGAGGAGUAUGAGACCCUGUUCAAGUGCCAGGAGGAGACGACGCAGAAGCUGGUGCUGGAGUACCAGGCACGGCUCGAGGAGGGUGAGGAGCGGCUACGGCGGCAGCAGGAAGACAAGGACAUCCAGAUGAAGGGCAUCAUCAGCAGGUUGAUGUCAGUGGAGGAGGAGCUAAAGAAGGACCAUGCGGAGAUGCAAGCAGCUGUAGACUCCAAACAGAAGAUCAUCGAUGCCCAGGAGAAGCGCAUCGCCUCACUGGAUGCCGCCAACGCCCGCCUCAUGAGUGCCCUGACCCAGCUGAAAGAGAGGUACAGCAUGCAAGCCCGUAACGGCAUCUCCCCCACCAACCCCACCAAAUUGCAGAUUACUGAGAACGGCGAGUUCAGAAACAGCAGCAAUUGUUAACCUGCCCGAGGAGGGAGGAGCCUGCCCAAGGAGAGGGAGGACUGUGGUGGCCCAGGGCAGGGUCUCGGCCUGGGGAGGAGCGCCCCCACAGUCGCAGCCCCAGCACAGGGGGCAAGAGGCCAGGCGGCCGCCCCCUUCCCUCCACCCGCGGUCCGAGAGGCGGCCACAGAGGGAGCCGCGAGAGACUGACACUGCGCGAGCCCGCUCCCCUCUCUUCCAGCCCAAGGAGCGUGUUCGGUGCAGGCCAAAGAGACUGCACGCUGGGGAGUGGGGACAGCCUGGUGGGAACAGGGGGCCUGCCAAGAUUUGUCUCUGUUGGUUCUUGAAUUUGGUGCGUGUCACCUUUCCUCCUUGAGCUGGCCAGGUGCAUGUACCCCCACACCCUCCCUAGGGAGGGAGCUGUCCGGAGAGGUGGAGGGUUAAAGAGCCAGGGGCCUUCCCCUGUGGCUUCCCUCACCUCCUCAGGGGCCCAGGACUCCCUGGCAGCCAGGCCCCUGCCCUGUGGGACCUGCCCCUCGGUUCCAGGAGCUGACAGGUUGGUCAGCAGGCAUGGGGAGGGUGGGGAGGAUGGAGCUGCCAGAGUUCCGUAGCCCCUGCCCGUCUCCACCCUGCACACCUGCCACCGCGUAUAGCCUGCCGGAGACCCCUCCUGGCUGUGAGGAACCGAGGAGUCACCCUGUCCCCAAAGUUCCUGCCUUUCCCCUCCCUCCCUCCCUUUCUUACUCGUUCCACCAAAAGAGGCUCUUUCUUCUGGGCUCUCGCACCUGCGGGGAGGAUCCAGAGCUUCCCUCGCUUGCCCCACAGCCCAGGCCAAUGCUCUGGGGCUCCCCGAACCAGAGAUCUGGGCAGAGUAGGCCCAGAGGGCACUGCACGUGGUGUCUCCGCUCUCCUGGGGCUAGGGAGCCAGGGGACAGUGGCCCUGCAGGGAGCGGCCACCUUGGUGCUCACCCUGAGAGAAAGGCUGAUCUUUCCUGAUUGAUGGGUUAAGAAAAUUCUAACGCCUGCAGGCCCUGAGAAGGUGGAUAACUGUGACUUUUUUUCCUUUCACAGUAUGCAUUAGAAACAAAAGCCCGCUUGCUCGCUUGCUGGAACACAGGGGCCUUUUAAAUUGAGCGUGCGCACUGCAUGGGAAAUAGCGGCCCUGGAGGAUGUUAGACUUGCUCCCUCUCCAAGACAGCAGCGGCCUGCACCAGGCCCCGUGCGUGCGGCGGCCUCCUCACCCUUCCCGGCCCAGCCGAGGACCCAGGCGCUGCAGACAGGGGGGGCACACCCACAGCUGGGGCUGGUUUUCCUCAGCUCUAGGCUGUUGUGUAGCUUUUCAGCCCUCCCGCCGCCCCUCGCGGGACACAGGUGGGCAGGAGCCUGGGUCUCUCUCGUUCCUCCCUGUUCCCAGCCCCGGCCCUGGUGAUCUGGGGCAAGAGCUGGGCGUUUGCCCCGCGGUGGAGCAGAGCUGGGUGAGUCAGGAGCCACCCCUCAGCCUCAGCCUCAGCCUCAGCCAGCUGAGGAGACCCUUGGAAAGACCUCUGAGCACCUCCUGCCCCUGGGGCUGGAGACAUGCUGCCAGGGCCUGACUUGCCCCAGAACCCACCAGGAGGGGUGAGGGGGUGUGGCCCAGACCCCACUGCACCCGUCCUGGGCCUGUGUUCUGGGAGGGGGCUCUGAGAUGAAACCUGUAGCUCACUUAGGCCGGAGACAUGCUGGUGGGGAGAGGGGACCAUCAGGGGUCACAGACCUCAGGAAGGAAGGCUGUGGGGCUGAGGCCCUGUCCCUGCUCCUGGCCUCACAGGCAGGGCCUGGCCCCCGUGAUGUCCUCUGGUUCAGUCUCGCACCCCCACUGCCCAGUGAGCCCUCCCCUCCUCCCUCUACCCCCUCCCACCGAUGCCUCUUAGAGUGACCUCGGACUGAGCACCUCUUAGCAAUACAGGGGGAGGGUCCCAGGGCCUGGACAGCAGGGCGCAGGAGGCCAGCGCGGUGGCCAGUGCUGGCGCCCUUGGCGCGGGUUGUGAGCUCUCAGGCCGAGAGCCUUAUUUACCUAGUGCAAAAACUGUAAAAGUGUACAGACUCUUCACAGAUUUUUAUCUGACUUGCAAGUCUGAUGAUUUUUGUAAAUGUUCUUGGUGUUUGACUGUAAUGUACCUAUUUCACCUAAUGGAUGUACAUAAUCCUUUCGUCCUGGUGCUGCCGAGGGCUGCCCGGGACCGCUGCUCUCCGAUGGUUUUUAUUUUAUUUUUUAAUCUAGAGAACAGUAUUGGGCAGGAGGAAGAGGUUUGGGAUUUGGGUGUUGGGGUUUUUUCCCUGCCCGUGGCAUUUAUUUGUUGGCUUUGCAGUGUGCUGUCUGGGUGGGGGUGAUGAGGACACGUGCCCUGACUGGGCCAGCAAAGGGGGGCUCCUCCUGCUGGGGCCGCAGAGAACCCGUGUCCUGGUGUUGGACGCUGCCUGCCGCAGAGCUGGUUGGCAGAGGGCCCGGGGUGGGGAGUGAGGGAGGGCAGUCCUUGCUCGGGGAAGACCGAGGCCCCCGGGCCCCAGGCCCAGACUCUGCUGGAGGAGGCUCUCCCUCCCCUGCUGACACGCGAGGCCUGACUUUUUUGCUAAUCUUUGUUUCGGGUGAAGGAAACUGCCAAACUUCCUAAAGGGAAGACUCUUUUCCGACUGCCCAGAAAGGGGCGUGGGGAACCAAGGGCAGAGCUCCAGUGCCCCCCACCCUACAGAGCACCUGCCCCGGGUACACCUCUCUCCUCCACCCCGUCCGUUUGCGGAAGGCAGACAGUCCAGGGAAACAGCUCCUCUUUUCUACACACUCGGCCCAAAGCCGCCCCAGCCCCCGCACCGCCUCCCUGCUCCCCUUUUGUAAGUAUGUGAAAAGGAGAAAAUGCAAACGGUGGAGUCUUGGCCGGAGCUCCUCCCUCCAGCCAGGACUUUUAACUAUGUAAUAAUGUACAGAGAAAGUCGUUGGUGUUCUAAGACUGUGUGGCUGUGCAAUUUCUGUACAUUUGCAAUUAGAAAUAUUAAAGAUUUAUUUAGCUAUUUUAA